AUGUUCACCAACGUCCUAACCAUCUUCACCCUCCUCACCGCCGCCCAGGCCGGCCCCAUCUUCCCCGGCUUCCCGGGCCUCUCCGCCGCUCCUUCCGUCCCGAACUUCGCCUCUAAGCCCACGGGUCUACCCGCCGGUUUCCCUACUCCUGUUACCGGAGGUGGUGAGGAGGCGCCUUUCCCGACGAAGACGCCUAGCUUUGGUGGGAUGGGAAAGAGCUCUGGAUCCGGUAUGGGAUUUGGUAUGGGUAAGGGAUCUAGCUUCGGUGAGGGAGGAAGCUUUGAGCAGGGUAGUGGCAGUGGUGCCAGCAGCGGUAGCGGUGCUAGCAGCGGCAGCACCGGAAAGGGCAGUGGAAUUGGCAGCGGCAUCGGUGCCGGCGCUGGUUUCGGACAGGGCAUUGGCUCGGGUAUGGGUGGUUUCGGCAAGGGAUCCGGAUCCGGAUCCGGCUCCAGCUCCGGCUCCAGCACUGGUUCUGGCUCUGGUAUUGGAGGUAUCGGCGAGGGCUUCGGCGGUCUGGGUGAAUCCAAGAAGGCGUUCCCGUUCCUCGAGAGGGAUGUGCCGACUGGUAGCUUCCCGGGCGGGACCGCGGCUCCGACUAACAUUUUCCACCCCAUUGUCCCUAUCUCCGGCCCAGAGGGCACGGCCACGGACCCGAUCCCGGUUGGUUCUUCGAACUAAUUCGAUGGGUAGGAGGGGAGUUAUGGAUGGUGCGAAGAGUGAGACAAACCAGUGCUUCUCUUUGACAGAGUAAGGGGUUGGGAAGGCAAGGGGAUGUUCGGAUACCGGCUGUACUGUGUACAGAUUUCACCUCGACGAAUUUUUCUUUCGAUUUUCUUAUUUUAUCGAUAUUUUUAUGUACCCCAGAGGUUUCAUGUACGCUACUUGCACAUGUAAGAGUUACGAACUGUAUGGGAUACUGUCAGAUGAAAAAAAGGGAGGUAUUGUGGUUAUAUAGUGGUACUUGGAGCUUGUCUCGGCAUCCAUAUUAGCCUCGUGUUGCAGGGUCAACACAGAAUAAAAGGAUCUCCCAAUUAACAACUUACCUAUGAAUUGUGCUCGUGAUUAUUUCGACUUUCCUGAUAAGCAGGAUUGAAUGUUCUGCCC